CUGACCAAAGGAUCAGUGACGUUCGUCGCCUGGCUUCAUUCUGAGUUUGGGGAUUUUUUUCUGCAUUACUGUCGUGGAAAUGCUUUCGACUAACUACUUAUUAAAUAUUGGUCGCUGAGAAAUGUAUCUCUUUUAAUUUCCUUUUCCCGCUUGGUAGUGACUACUGCCGCAGAGCAGAGCUCCUGUAAAAAUGGAUUUCAUCGAGACUGAAGCAGCGGAGUCUGAGGAAGAGUAUAGUGAGGCAGAGGCCACCGAGAAGAAGUCUCACAAGCAUGCCAAUUAUGAGGAGGAACAUACAGAGGACCAAGAUGAGGAGGAUGAUGAACAGACUACAGAGGACAAAGAUGAGUAUGGGAACCUUUGUGGUCUGAUUGAUGAUGGUGUGGAUGAACGGGAAGGGGAGGAAGAAGAAGAAGAAAAUGAGAAACAAGGAGAUAGUGACUCUGGGGAGGAAAUAGGACAUCGUAAAAGGAAAAGAAGCUUUGACGACCGCUUGGAUGAUGAUGAUAUCGAUCUUAUUGAGGAGAAUUUGGGUGUAAAAGUGAAAAGGCAAAAAUUCCGUCGUUUGCGGGCCAUGUCAGAUGAUGAGGACGAGGAGGGAGAUGACAAGGUCAGGGAUGCCCAUGAGAAGGACAUGAUAGCGGAUGAGAUCUUCAUGGGGACGGGAGCAGAUGAGGGCGAAGCUUUGGAUGUGCCUUUGCAUCCUGGGGAGGAUGAGGAAGAGGAGGAGGAAGAGUCUGAUAUUGAUGACUUUAUUGUGGACGAUGAUGGACAGCCCUUAAAAAAACCCAAGUGGAGAAAGAAGCUGCCUGGAUAUACAGAUGCAGCCCUUCAGGAGGCCCAGGAAAUAUUCGGAGGGGACUUUGACUUUGCUGAUUUUGACGCUGCCUAUGAUGAUGCCGAGGAGGAGGAGGAAGAGGAUGCAGAUGAAGAGUCAUGGGACCGGCCCAAGAAGCAGGCCAAGAAGAGAGUGGGCCGGCGUAGUAUCUUUGAGAUCUAUGAGCCAAGCGAGCUGGAGAGCAGUCACAUGACUGACCAAGACAAUGAGAUUCGCUCUACUGACAUGCCAGAGAGGUUCCAGUUGCGCCCUACUUGUGUGAAGCCUGCAGAUGAUGAGGAGCUGGAGCAGGAGGCUGAGUGGAUCUAUAGGAAUGCCUUCUCUACUCUCACCAUCUCUACGCAGGAGAAUUCAGACUACUUGGACAGAGGUCCAACCACUACUUUCAGCAGAAAAGGACCCAGCACUAUCCAGAAGAUAAAAGAGGCUUUGAAUUUCAUGAGAAACCAACACUUCGAGGUUCCAUUCAUAGCAUUCUACAGGAAAGAAUAUGUGGAGCCUGAACUCAACAUCAGUGACCUGUGGAAGGUUUGGCAGUGGGAUGAGAAGUGGACCCAGCUGAAAACCCGCAAACAGAACCUGAGACGCCUGUUCCAGAAGAUGCAGAAAUAUCAGUUUGAACAGAUAUCAGCGGACCCAGAUAAGCCUCUGGCCGAUGGCAUACGACCACUGGACACUUCGGAUUUAGAGAGGCUGAAGGAUGUCCAGUCUAGUGAUGAACUGGGUGACAUCUACAGCCACUUCCUGUUGUAUUAUGGCCGGGAUAUCCCAAAGAUGCAGAAUGCAGCCAGGUCUAGUAAGAAGAAGCAGAAGAAGAACAGUGAAGUGGAUGAAGAUGGUAACGAACAGGAAGUAGAGGAGGAAGAGGAGGACGAUGAAGAGCAGCCAAAGGGGCCAGACCUGAAGCUUGCUUCUCGCAGGGAUAUGUACAGCAUAUGCCAGGGUGCCGGACUUGAUGGCCUGGCCAAGAAGUUUGGUCUGACUCCAGAGCAGUUUGGAGAAAACCUGCGUGACAGUUAUCAACGGCAUGAGACAGAGCAGUUUCCUGCUGAGCCCAUGGAGCUGGCUAAAGACUACAUCUGCAGCCAGUUUAACACAGCGGAGGCAGUACUGGAUGGGACUCGCUACAUGGUGGCCAUGCAGAUCGCACGGGAGCCUCUAGUCAGACAUGUGCUCCGACAGACGUUUCAGGAGAGGGCCAAGAUCAAUAUCAAACCCACUAAAAAGGGAAAGAGGGAAGUAGAUGAGGCCCAUUAUGGCUACUCUUUUAAGUACCUGAAAAACAAGCCUGUUAAGGAGCUUAAUGGGGACCAGUUCCUGAAGAUGGUCCAGGCAGAGGAAGAAGGCCUGCUUACCAUCACCAUCUGUAUUGAUCUGAUUGGAGUGAAGGGGUAUGGAGGCGACCAGGCUUAUUUUGAGGAGAUAAAGCAGUUUUACUACAGAGACGAGUUCAGCCACCAAGUUCAGGAGUGGAACAGACAGAGAACCUUGGCUAUCGAACGCUCCCUCAAGCAGUUCCUCUACCCACAGAUGGCCAAAGAGCUGAAGAACAAACUUAUUGCAGAAGCAAAGGAGAACAUCAUUAAGGCCUGCAGCAGAAAGCUGUACAACUGGCUGAAGGUGGCGCCCUAUCGGCCCGACCAGCAGGUGGAGGAGGAGGAGCUCAUGUCUGAGGCCCAAGGCAAAGGGAUCCGUGUGCUGGGAGUAGCCUUCUCAUCCAGCAGAGACACCCCAGUGUUCUGUGCCCUGGUGAACAGUGAUGGAGAAGUGGGGGACUUCCUCAGGUUGCCUUACUUCCUGAAGAGGAGGAACGCAUGGAGGGAGGACGAAAGGGAGAAAAAGAUCCACGAUAUUGAAACCCUGAAGAAGUUCCUGAGCAGCAAGAAGCCUCACAUCAUCGCUGUAGCUGGAGAGAACAGGGACGCCCAGAUGGUUAUUGAGGACAUCAAACGCACUGCCACUGAGCUGGAGCAGGAGUCCUCCUUCCCCACCAUUGGGGUGGAGCUGGUUGACAACGAAUUAGCCCUGCUCUACAUGAACAGCAAGAAGUCAGAGGCUGAUUUCAGGGACUAUCCUCCUCUUCUGAGACAGGCUGUGUCUGUGGCCAGAAAGAUCCAGGACCCCCUGGUAGAGUACGCUCAGGUGUGCAGCAGCGACGAAGACAUCCUCUGCCUCAACUUGCAUCCUUUGCAGGAGCAUGUGGUGAAGGAGGACCUGCUGAACGCUCUGUACUGUGAGUUCAUUAACCGUGUGAAUGAGGUGGGUGUGGACGUGAACCGGGCCAUGGCCCACCCCUACACCCAGAGUCUGCUGCAGUACGUGUGCGGCCUGGGGCCCAGGAAGGGAUCCCACCUGCUCAGGGUCCUGAAGCAGAACAAUACUCGUCUGGAGAACCGCACUCAGCUGGUCACCAUGUGUCAUAUGGGCCCUAAGGUUUUCAUCAACUGUGCUGGUUUCAUCAAGAUUGACACAGCGUCUCUGGGAGAUAGUACUGACUCCUAUAUUGAGGUUCUGGAUGGGUCACGGGUGCACCCUGAGACCUAUGAGUGGGCACGCAAGAUGGCCGUAGAUGCCCUCGAGUACGAUGAGUCAGCAGAGGAUGCCAACCCAGCCGGAGCGCUGGAGGAGAUCCUGGAAAACCCGGAGCGGCUCAAAGACCUGGACCUGGAUGCCUUCGCUGAGGAGUUGGAGAGACAGGGCUAUGGUAAUAAGGGCAUCACCCUGUAUGACAUCCGUGCUGAGCUAAGUUGCAGGUACAAAGACCUGAGGUCCACCUACAGAGGGCCCAACACGGAGGAGAUCUUCAACCUGCUCACCAAGGAGACACCAGAGACCUUCUACAUUGGUAAACUUAUCACCAGUGUGGUGACGGGAAUUGCUCACCGGCGUCCCCAAGGGGAGAGUUAUGACCAAGCCAUUAGGAAUGAUGAGACAGGACUGUGGCAGUGUCCUUUCUGCCAGCAGGACAACUUUCCUGAGCUCAGUGAGGUGUGGAAUCAUUUUGACAGUGGCUCCUGUCCUGGCCAAGCUAUUGGGGUACGCUGUCGCAUGGACAAUGGAGUAACCGGCUUUAUCCCCACCAGGUUUCUCAGUGAUAAAGUGGUCAAGCACCCUGAGGAAAGGGUUAAGGUGGGCAUGACCGUGCACUGCAGGAUCAUGAAGAUUGACAUUGAGAAGCUCAGUGUGGAUCUGACGUGUCGGACAUCAGACCUGUCUGACAAGAACAACGAGUGGAAGCUUCCCAAAGAUACCUACUACGACUUUGAUGCUGAGGCAGAGGAUGUGAAGCAGGAGGAGGAGGCCAAGAAGAAACAGCAGAGAACAACCUACAUCAAGAGGGUGAUAGCCCACCCGUCGUUCCAUAACAUCAACUUCAAGCAGGCAGAGAAGAUGAUGGAGUCCAUGGACCAGGGGGAUGUGAUCAUUAGGCCCAGCAGUAAAGGAGAGAACCACCUGACGGUUACCUGGAAGGUCGCUGAUGGCAUCUACCAGCAUAUCGACGUACGAGAGGAGGGCAAGGAGAAUGCCUUCAGCCUGGGUCACACGUUGUGGAUCAACGCUGAGGAAUUUGAAGAUCUGGAUGAAAUCACAGCCAGAUAUGUACAACCAAUGGCUGCAUUUGCCCGCGAUCUGCUUGGUCACAAGUAUUUCCAAGAAUGCAGCGGUGGAGACCGAAAGAAAAUGGAAGAGGUUUUGGUGAAAAGCAAGAAGGAGAAGCCUACAUUCAUCCCCUACUAUGUGUCUGCCUGUAGAGACCUGCCAGGGAAGUUCCUGCUCGGUUACCAGCCCCGUGGAAAACCAAGGAUUGAGUUUGUGACAGUCACACCCGAGGGCUUCAGAUACAGAGCCCAGAUUUUUCCCACCGUCAAUGGACUCUUCCGCUGGUUCAAAGACCACUACCAGGAGCCAGUGCCAGGGAUUACUCCCAGCAGCAGCAGUAGAACACGAACCCCAGCUUCUAUCAAUGCCACACCUGCCAACAUUAACAUUGCAGACCUGACUCGUGCGGUCAGCGCCCUCCCUCAGAACGUGACCUCUCAGAUGUUCAGUGCCAUUGCCGCGGUAACGGGGCAGGGCCAGAACCCCAACAGCACGCCUGCAGGCUGGGCAUCCAGCCAGUAUGGCUACACCGGUGGUAGCAGUGGAGGGGGGGGCAGCAGCAGUGCCUAUCAUGUAUUUACCACCCCAGUUCAGCAGCCCAUUGCUACGCCUCUUAUGACACCUAGCUACUCGUACGCCACCCCCAGCCAGCAACAGGCUCUCACCACGCCCCAGUACCCCAGCAGAGCCUCCCUGUCCUCCCAGGGAACCCACGGACACCGCCCUUCCUCCUCUACACCGUCAUCAACAUCAUCAUCCUCCCACCACCACAGGACACCAACACCAAAGGCGACUUCUAACACCGCUGUGGACUGGGGCAAGAUGGCCGAGCAGUGGCUCCAGGAGAAAGAGGCAGAGCGUAAGAAGACGAGGGCAAGAAUGACCCCGCGACCUUCUCCUAGCCCAAUGAUCGAGAGCACGCCAAUCACUGGAGACGCCACGCCGCUGCUGGAUGAGAUGGAUCGCUAGAUCCACUGGAUAUAUCCAUUCUCCAGAUCUCACUCAUCCUUAUUUUUCUACACUCCUUAUAUUAUACUAAAUGCACUUCAUGGAAAAUGAAAGGUUAAAGUUAAUACACCCAAAACCACACAUUCCAAUGACAUUGUUGAACAAUAGUGAUAAUAAUUUAGCAAGCAACAAAUGUGAAAUGUGUUCCCAAAAAUCAGACUAGAGUUAAUGAUGAAUUCACAAUGGCACAAUUCACAGUUAAUGAUAAAUUCACAACACAGUUCUCUCCAGACAGACUGCCUCGCUACGUUCAUUUAUACCUCAGUGGCUAGGUAGCAAAAAAAUUUAUCUACACAAUAAUACCAAAGUCAAUAUCAGCAUGUGAUGUAGUUAUAGAAUUGUCAACACUGUCAAUUUAGGAGUUGAAAAUGUACCAUGUUCAAGUUUAAGACCGCAUUUCUAGCUCCAAUCUGUGAAUCCAGCGGGUCUGCAAACGGGAAUGUUGGAAGAGGGGAGACAAAUAUACAUCAGGGCAGUUAAAGGAAUUAGGUACGUUAAUGUGGUGGCACACUUUGCACUUUGAAGAUAUUUAAAUGAAAUAUGGAUGUGUUCUUGACAAGUAUGCCCAUAACAUUUACUGACUGACAGAUUUGCAGAUCAAAAGUGCAAGUAAUUGUUUUAAAAGCGUUAUGAAACUUCACUACGCCAUUCCCUGAUUUAUUAGAUGGACCACUUGGAAGCUGGUGAAAACAUUUAUUUUACCCACUGACAUAAGUUAUGAUUUUAAUGAAUAGGGGUUUCAUGGUUUCUGUUACUGGGGUUGGAUUACACCUUUUAACAAGUGUAGUUGGUAACAUUUAAAGUACAUUUAACAUUUAUGGCUGAAUUCAACACAAAGUUUUAAAAGGGAAAUUAAUAAGAUUGCAGUUGUUUGUUUCAAAUUCACCUGAAGGAAAUAGUUUGAAACAUUGACCAUCACUUCUUUACUCUUCCUCACUUGCCGUUUUUGGCUGAAUGUACUGGAAACUAUGAAAACUGCAUGCGUUCUUUAAACCAGAGUUAUUAUUGACUUCAAAAGCAUGUGAUCCAACUAAAAAAACAUAAGAAAACCAUUUAUUACGGAAUAGGUACUAAAAGCCAAUUUCUAGUGCCACUGUUGAUCGAUAGACCUGUAGCAUUUUAUCCUUAUCCCAUGGUUCUUAUUUCAGACCAUGUUAAUGAAUAUCUUCUAUGUUUUUGGAUUCAAAGCCAGUGGCUCAAUGUAUUGCUUUGACGGAUGGCUGAGAAUAGACUUCACCGUACAGUAGCAAGUGGCUUGUGUCUAUUACACAAUGAAGGACAUUCACAGUAUUACCUAGAGGGGUUGAACAAAAAGCACUUAUUAUUUUCUAUUUAUUUACUACUUUAAAUGUUUUAGGUAUUUCUAAAUGCCAACUGAACUGUUGUCUGUGCUUACUAUGCUACAUCAGCAUGUUGACAUUAUAGCACCUGUCCCAUGAAAUACAUUGAAAUGUUGUCUUCUACUAACAUAUUUACCGGUAACAAAAUAUGCAUUUAUUUCAAACCUGUCAAAUUAACUUCCUUUUGUUGAAUAAAACUAAAGAUCACUGUCA